GCUCGAGAUUGUAGGGAACUGAGCAGGCACAUGGUUGCUCAUUUGUAAGUGUGAUCCCACUUGAGAAAGAGACAGUGACAAAGUGAGUGAGAGGGAGAGAGAGAGAAAAAGAGGGAAAGGUGCCAGUAUCAGUAAAAGAGAGAGAAAUAAAGGGAAAAAAAGAGAGAGUACAAAGCAUUUUCACCUCUAGUACAAUGGAAGACUGUUCAGUGUCUUUCUGGAUUUACAUCGGAGUAAUGUCCAUCUUUGUUGGUGGAGCGGUGAAGAAGUUUCUGGCAUUCCAUAUCGGUGUCAUGCCCUCACUGGUGGCAUGGCUGGGUGCCACUCUGCUGGUGGAGAGACUGUGUGCCCUGUGCAUGCCCGCUGUGCUGGCAAGGUUGGUCCUCUGUGUGUCCUGCUGGCUGUACUUUACGUGGGCCACCCCCAAACCUUCCCUGCCAGUUGAGGGCAAGGCAGUCUUCAUCACAGGUUGUGAUUCAGGGUUUGGUAAUGCUACAGCAAAGCGGUUAGAUGCAAUGGGGUUUGAAGUGUUUGCUACCGUAUUGAACCUGGACGGGGAGGGAGCCAAGCACUUGCGCAGAGUCUGUUCAUCACGCCUUACCCUCCUGCAGGUAGACAUCACCCAGCCUCAGCAGGUACAGCAAGCCCUCCUCGACACCAAGGCCAAACUUGGCAUGAGAGAUUUGUGGGGGCUUGUAAAUAACGCUGGAUUGUGUGUGAAUAUUGGGGAUGCUGAGCUCUCCCUCAUGUCCAACUACAGAGGAUGCAUGGAGGUCAACUUCUUUGGAACGCUCCAUGUCACCAGAACCUUCCUGCCCCUUCUCAGACAGGCUAAAGGCCGGAUUGUGACAAUCUCUAGCCCUUCAGGUGAGCAUCCAUUCCCUUGUUUGGCGUCGUAUGGGGCUUCAAAAGCUGCCCUGAAUCUUUUUAUCAAUACACUUCGUCAUGAGCUGGAGCCAUGGGGUGUCAAAGUCUCCACUAUCUUACCCUCUGCCUUUAAGACAGGGCAGAGCAGCAACACAGAGUACUGGGAGAAAGAGUACAAGAACCUGAUCCAGAACUUGCCACCAAGCCUUCUUGAAGAAUAUGGGGAAGAAUAUAUGCUGGAGACCAAGGAACUCUUCCAGAGUUACGCAAAAACAGCUAAUGAGGAUCUGAGUCCUGUCAUCAACACCAUUGUGGACGCACUCCUCUCUCCUCAACCUCAGGUGCGAUACUACGCCGGGCCAGGUUUAAGGCUCAUGUACUUCAUCUGCAGCUACUUCCCUUUGAGCAUCAGUGACUGGUUCCUCCAGAAACUAUUUGUACAGAAGAAUGUAAUGCCUCGCGGCCUUAGGAAACAGCAAGGCCUGCGCCUCAACGACAAUAACAACAGCAUAAAGGAGAACAUGAAUAACAGUAACAACAAUAACAGCUUCACAAAUAGUAUUGAUUAGUUCUGGUAAAGAGUGUAAAAACAUCCUUUAGCAUCACUAAUGUUAUCUACUUAUAGAGAUUUGUUUCCAUUGUGUAGACAUUACUUUUCUUUUCUUUUCUCUUGUCUUGUUUUGUUGUAUAUUAUUGUGUAAUAUUUUGAGGGGAUCACUGAAUUGCACCAAAUCAUCUAUGAUAAACCCAGUGCUUAGAAGGCAGUUGACACUCUUAAGCAUCAUUAAGAUAAUAAUAAAAAAGAAGUCAUGCCCACAGGCCAUAUUUAUAGUCAAUACAAGUUCUCAGGUGAGGCAAAAUCCAAACAGAUACAAAAUAUAUGGUUUAUUUACUUUGCAGAAUGCAUGAACUCUGGGUAAUCGCCAUGGACACACGUUAAAGGCCUGUUCGCACCAAGGACAAUAACUAUAACGAUAAUGAUGAAGAUAUUUCUAAAGGUCGAGAGUCCACAUCACAGCUCUAACGAUAAUGGCACAGAGAAAUUAUAUUGCUGGACUCCAGCUGAUGAACGAUUAAAAAAAAUUACAGCCAAUCAGAAUUCACCAAACUUUAAAGAGCUGAAGCAUUUAAAGUGACAGAUGACAUAACUGCAGUGUGCACUUAGAAUAAACAGGACUAAAGCGUCCACUGGUGUGGAGUGGACGAUAAUAUAGUUAUCGUUAUAGUUAUCAUUCUUGGUGUGAACGGGCCUCAAAUGAUGCGCAAUAGAUUUUAUUUCACUAAGGCAUGUAUGAUCAUUAAACUGACAUGGCUGUCUUUUUCUGUACUGCACUGAGAGGCUGAUGAUAAUGUUACUAUUUUCAGUCCAAGGUCAAAUAUAGUCAGAGUGCAACAUCAAGUGAAUAUUGUGGGUUUGUUUUUGUUUGGUUGGUUUUUGUAGACAAGUGACCAAUGGGCUGAAGUGGUUCAGAAGUCCUU